AAAAGCAGCACCAGAAGAAAACAGGGGGUGUUUCGCGAGUGCACUCCUUUCUACUUAAACCGAUAUUUCGGAGUCAUUGUGCGUUUCUUAGGUGGACAGUAACCAGGUUUUAUUGUAUUUUCUACCACACCUUGCAUCCACAGUUAUUAUGGACACCGGGAAGACAGUCGAUCAUCCAGAGGGUACCGGGCAGACGGACGAACUGCUGCCCGCUCAGAAGCUCGCCAAGGCGGAUGGAAAGAGACACAUCGCCGCGCUGAUUCUGGCCCGCGGAGGAAGUAAAGGGAUACCCCUGAAAAACAUCAAGAUGCUGGCCGGAGUUCCUCUGCUCGGAUGGGUCCUCCGGGCUGCUGUGGACUCUGGGAUGUUUCAGAGUGUUUGGGUGUCCACCGACCACGAUGAGAUUGAAAAGGUGGCGAAAGCUUGGGGAGCGCAGGUCCACCGCAGGAGUCCGGAAGUUUCCAAAGACUCUUCUUCAUCCCUGGAAACCAUCCAGGAGUUCUCCAGACUCACUCCGG